UGUGUAUCUCGGAGAGGUCCGUGCGAGGAGAAUUCUGAGCCCAGUUCUUACAGCUGUUUUCCUAAAGAAUGAGUAUCUAGCCCAGUUCUCUUGCAAGGAGAGGAUUAGAUUUGUGAUCUGCGUGAAACCAGGCUGCUCAGGCUAGUUUGGCCCAAACCCCACCUCUCAGCUUAACUUUCAGAACAGGAAGGAUUUCUGAGGAAACGAAAGUGAAAUUAAACUGGAGCCAUUUCAGCAGCGCGGCUCACCCCGCAGGCGGGUGGCGUUUUCCUGUCGGACCUCAGAGGCACCCCCCUCGUGGGGAAGCAGCCAGCGGGAGCCGGGCCUGGACGAGCCCACCUCAGGAAGGGCUUCCUGGGAGGGGGGAGGGUCGCGCUACCGCGGGGCCGGGCCGAGAUGACUAGGCAGCGCCAUGGACCCGAGGCAGGGAUGUUUCUUCAAUAGCUCCCACCCCCAUCCAGUUCAAGACUAUGAGCACAGCAAGCUCAUAUAUCAGCAGUUGGGGCCAGGACCUCAUCUGAAUAGUUUGCAGCUCCAGCAAAUAGGGUUCCUCAAGGGGCAGUUCUCAGAAGCACCCCUAACUGGAAAGCAGACACCAUCACUGUUGCCUGUCCUUCCUGGACCCUGGCCAAGGAUUCCAGGACCAUUUGCUAGAGGCAGGCAACUGGAAUUUUGGGGUUUCCCAAGGAGUGUGCCUCAUAGAAGUCAGGUGCCCCAGAGAAGUUUCCAGCAUCCUCCCCAACGUGGCCGGACUCUGCCAUGGAGAGACAUUGAUAGGCUUUCCUUGAAUUUCCAUGAACUGAACAUUAACCAGGAUCAGGAGCUGAGGAUCUUGGAGCUCUUGGAAGAGCUGGGAGAAAGCAGGGCCACCACAGCAAGUGAUCUGGCUCACAAGCUCAGAGCCCCAAAGAAGGAAAUCAAUCGCAUUUUAUACUCUCUGGCAAAGAAGGGUAAGCUACAUCAGGAGGCAGGACUGCCCCCUUUGUGGAGAAUUGCAGUCUCGGUUCCGGCCUGGCACAAGGACAGCCACGUGGCAAAAGUAGACAGCCCAAGAGCUUCACAGUCAGACCGUUCUUUGGAAACUGAAGACAGAAGCCCCACGCCUGACUUGGAAGAGCCUCUUGAGCCCUCUGACAUGGCUGAGAUCAAGGAGAAAAUCUGUGACUACCUAUUCAACGCAUCCAACUCUUCGGCCCUGAACUUGGCUAAAAAUAUUGGCCUCACCAAGGCCCGAGAUGUAAAUGCCAUGCUGAUUGACUUGGAAAGGCAGGGGGAUGUCUAUCGGCAAGGGACAACUCCACCCAUAUGGUAUUUGACUGACAAGAAGCGAGAGAGGAUCCAAAUCAAGAGGAAUAUGAAUAGUGUCCCCGAAACCACUCAAGCUGCUAUUCCUGAGACCAAAAGAAACACAGAGCGUCCCACCUGUACCUUACCUGCGUCAACUGCCUCCAACAGCGUGGUGACCACAGAAAAAGUGGAGAACGGGCAGGAACCUGUCAUAAAGCUAGAAAAUAGGCAAGAGACCAGACCAGAACCCAUAAAACUGAAACCCCCUGUCCAUGACAAUGGCCCCUCAAGAACAGGGUAUGUUGACUUUGAAAAUGGCCAGUGGGCCACAGAUGACAUCCCAGAUGACUUGAAUAGUAUUCGCGCCGCACCAGGUGAGUUCCGUGCCAUCAUGGAGAUGCCCUCCUUCUACAGUCACGGCUUGCCACGGUGCUCGCCCUACAAGAAGCUGACCGAGUGCCAGCUGAAGAACCCCAUCAGCGGGCUGUUAGAAUAUGCUCAGUUCGCUAGUCAGACCUGUGAGUUCAACAUGAUAGAGCAGAGUGGACCACCCCAUGAACCUCGAUUUAAAUUCCAAGUUGUCAUCAGUGGCCGAGAGUUUCCCCCAGCUGAAGCUGGCAGCAAGAAAGUGGCCAAGCAGGAUGCAGCUAUGAAAGCCAUGACAAUUCUGCUUGAGGAAGCUAAAGCCAAGGACAGUGGAAGAUCAGAAGAGUCAUACUACUAUUCUGCAGAGAAAGAAUCAGAGAAGACUGCAGAGUCCCAGCCCACCACCCCUUCAGCAACAUCCUUGUUUUCUGGGAAGAGCCCCGUCACUACAUUGCUUGAGUGUGUGCACAAGCUGGGAAGCUCCUGUGAAUUCCGCCUCCUAUCCAGAGAAGGCCCUGCCCAUGACCCCAAGUUCCAGUACUGUGUUGCAGUGGGAACCCAUACUUUCCCCACUGCGAGUGCCCCCAGCAAGAAGGUAGCAAAGCAGAUGGCUGCGGAGGAAGCCAUGAAAGCCCUGCAGGGGGAGGCAACCAACUCAACAUCCUCUGAUGAGCAGCCCGGAAGCACCAGUUCAGAAUCAUUCGAUAACUUGGAGUCUGUGAUGCCCAACAAGGUCAGGAGGAUUGGUGAGCUCGUCAGAUAUCUGAACACCAACCCUGUGGGCGGCUUGUUGGAGUACGCCCGCUCCCAUGGCUUUGCUGCUGAGUUCAAGUUGGUUGACCAGUCUGGACCUCCUCAUGAGCCCAAGUUCGUUUACCAAGCAAAAGUUGGGGGUCGUUGGUUCCCAGCCGUCUGCGCACACAGCAAGAAGCAAGGCAAGCAGGAAGCAGCAGAUGCGGCUCUCCGCGUCUUGAUUGGGGAGAACGAGAAGGCAGAACGCAUGGGUUUCACAGAGGUAACCCCAGUGACAGGGGCCAGUCUCAGAAGAACUAUGCUCCUCCUCUCAAGGUCCCCAGAAGCAAAGCCAAAGACACUCCCUCUCACAGGCAGCACCUUCCAUGACCAGAUAGCCAUGCUGAGCCACCGGUGCUUCAACGCUCUCACCAACAGUUUCCAGCCCUCCUUGCUGGGCCGCAAGAUCCUGGCUGCCAUCAUCAUGAAGAAAGACUCGGAAGACAUGGGUGUCGUCGUCAGCUUGGGGACAGGGAAUCGCUGUGUAAAGGGAGAUUCUCUAAGCCUGAAGGGAGAAACUGUCAACGACUGUCAUGCAGAGAUCAUCUCCCGGAGAGGCUUCAUCAGGUUUCUCUACAGUGAGUUAAUGAAAUACAACCCCCAGACUGCAAAGGAUAGUAUAUUUGAGCCUGCCAAGGGAGGAGAAAAGCUGCAAAUUAAAAAGACCGUGUCGUUCCAUCUCUAUAUCAGCACGGCCCCAUGUGGGGAUGGCGCCCUCUUUGACAAGUCUUGCAGCGACCGUGCUGUAGAGAGCACAGACUCCCGCCACUACCCUGUCUUUGAGAAUCCCAAGCAAGGCAAGCUGCGUACCAAGGUGGAGAACGGGGAGGGCACCAUCCCAGUGGAGUCCAGUGACAUCGUGCCUACGUGGGAUGGCAUUCGUCUCGGGGAGAGACUCCGCACCAUGUCUUGUAGUGACAAAAUCCUACGCUGGAAUGUGCUCGGCCUGCAAGGGGCACUGUUGACCCACUUCCUACAGCCGGUGUAUCUCAAGUCUGUCACACUUGGUUACCUUUUCAGCCAAGGGCAUCUGACUCGUGCUAUUUGCUGUCGUGUGACAAGAGAUGGGAAUUCGUUUCAGGAUGGACUCCGACAUCCCUUUGUUGUCAACCACCCCAAGGUUGGCCGAGUCAGUGUAUAUGAUUCCAAAAGGCAAUCUGGGAAGACCAAGGAGACGAGCGUCAACUGGUGUCUGGCUGACGGCUACGACCUGGAGAUCCUGGAUGGGACCAGGGGCACUGUGGACGGGCCACGGAAUGAGUUGUCCCGGGUCUCCAAAAAGAACAUUUUUCUUCUAUUUAAGAAGCUCUGCUCCUUCCGGUACCGCAGGGAUCUACUUAAACUCUCCUAUGGUGAGGCCAAGAAAGCUGCCCGUGACUAUGAGAUAGCCAAGAACUACUUCAAAAAGAGCCUGAAGGACAUGGGCUAUGGGAACUGGAUCAGCAAACCCCAGGAGGAAAAGAAUUUUUACCUCUGCCCAGUAUAGUGUGAGCCAGUGACUGGGGUGGGGUGUUUCACACUCGGGGGAGAGGUAGGUCAGUCAAGGGGAUUUUUUUUCCUUUUUUUUUUUUAUCUUUUUUCCCCUUUUUUUUUUUUUUUUUUUUUUUUUUUUUUAAUGGAACCGUAAUUGGUGAUCCCAAGGACUUUGAGUUCCUGUUUAUCCUGCUUUCUUUGGGGAUACUAGACCAACUCUAGUCAGCCCCUUUUCUUUUCCCAAGCAAAGAGGUCCUAGGUCGAGACCUAAGGGGAAAAAAAAGGGGGCUCUCUUUCCUUUCAGCUUAAGCAGUCCUUGAGCACCUGCAGCCCACUUCCUCUUCUGUUCUGUUCUAAUGUUUUCCAUUUCCUUUCCUUUUGUGUUUGCUACACUGACCUCUUGUGGUCUUGAUUAGGUUCCAGUCGACUCUGAAUGUCGUCAGGGACUGGUGAUUUCAUUUGUGGAUUCUGCAGGCCCCUCUGCUUCCCCUCCUCCCUUUCUGAGAUUCCUUCUUGUGAUCAGUAUGUUUCUCCUUUUCCUCCAAGACUGGGGAGAGGUGAACUUUAAUGAACUUGGUGAAAUAUUUGUAAGAGCAGGAGUUUGAAACUGCCGUCAGUUCGUUACCCGUGCCAAGUGAUUGGAAUCUGCAGGUAAUGCUCAGUGAUCUUUGGAUCUUGCACUUUAGCCAGCUUGGGAGGAGUCAAGAGAGGGGGAAAGCUGCUACCGGGCAGCACAUCCCUUCCCCAGGCUGCAGAAAGGCUAGGCCCAGCCAGACCGGGCUAGGGAAUGCCUGGGCACAGGGGAGGUCUCCCUGCGGGGGUGGGGUGGGGUGACCAGACCAAGGCCCAGGAAUGCAGGCAUGCCAUGGAAUAUUGCCAAGCUGGUAACUGCUCCUCCCUCUAAAGCAUUCCUAAGAGUUUGUCCUGGGGGGCAAAGGGGUAGAGGAGAGGGGAGUAGGGCUAUAGACUCCAACCCACGGGUAGGAAAAAACCCAGGACAAAUCCUGGAGGGCAAAUCAUCUUUGCUCAGAUAAUCAGGACUUAGCAAGAAAGAGGACAAAAAAUGUUGGCUGAGGUCACUUCCACCCAGCCUAUUUCUGAUGACAGUGACACCAAGAGAAGUCAACUAAAUCAUGGGUAAAUUAGGAGUACUGAAAGGAAUGCCAUAAAUUUGGGUUCUUAAAUGCUACAGAUAACCUGUAAUUGCACAGAUUUAAAAAUCAGAUGGGAUUUCCCAUUUAUCCAGGUGCUUUUGUUUUGCCAGAUAGCUUCAGAAGGUUAUUUGUGGGCAGGUGGGAUCUGGGGUCUCCCUGCCUGUUAGGGAGUCGUUACAGGGUUGACAAUAGUUGUGGGUGAAAGGGCAGGUUGUCCUAAAACUCUGUGAGGUACAACCCUUGUCUACACCUCAGUUUGACUCCCAGGGGCAGAGCCUUCGGUCCCUCCGUGGAGUCUGGCUCUGGACCGGCUCUGGGCAGAUGUGCUCAGAAGUACAGAGGCCCUGCCACCUCCAGGCCUGAGCCUGCCUCCUUCCUCUAGAUGAUUCCUCUCUUUAUCUGUGAACAUGCCGAGCCAGCACCCUCAGAUGAUUUUCCAUUCCCUUGCACCCCGCACCCCACUGACUAGUUAACCCUCCCACCCAAUGCUUCUACAGCAGACACAUCCACAUUUGCACUUUCACUCUUGUGGCUACUGUUCCCUCUGUACUUUUGACCAAAAAUUGACCAAAUUGGGAAAAUCCAAGUUGUUAAAUACACUACGGAUGUCUUUGUGGAACACCAGUGUCCCAAGGAACUAGUAAGAAGGGAGACCAUGCCUGAUGUCUGGGGUGGAAAGCCCUGCCCACCGGUCCUGUGAUUGCUGAAGGCACUUGAAGUCAGCCCUGCUCAGGAAGGCAGCUCACUCCCCCGGUUCUUUAGGCUGGAGGGUCACACCUCCUGACUGCGCAGGGUGUCCAGCCCCUCCAGUCCAUCUUGGGCAUUAGAAACUUCUGCAGAGCUGACUCAGUGGCCUCUUCUUUAACCCGGGUGCACAGGGGCUCCCCAAAGACCAGAGCCCUGACUGGCCCCGAGGUCUCUUCUGGCAGACUUGCAGUAUUCCACUUCUGCUGUAGGAAGAGAGCAAGGCACCCCCACACCCCACAUGUCUGCUGGAAACAAGCCUGUGUUGGGCCCUGCACGGCCACCCCCCCACACACACCCCUGCGUCACACAGGACAGUGCUCCCACCUGAGUGUUCUCUUCACUUGUCGAAUCUUGUUUUUAAUAACAGGACUUUCUUUCCCCGUCCUUUUUUUUUUUUUUUUUUUUAAUGAUCUUUGUAGUUGAUUUGUCUGAACUGUGGCUAUUGUGCAUUCUUUGAAUAAUCACUUGUAAAAAUUGUCGCCGCUUGAAGCUGUUUCCUUUACUCACGUUGAAGGGACCUUGUUGGUUUUGGAGUUUAGUAGUGACUCCAUGAGCAAGUGGGGAAGCGCCCAGGUGCAGACUUGGGUUCCAUGAUGACUGCAGUCAGUUUUAUGAUUCUGCUUUUAUGUGUCCCUUGAGAAAUGAUUAAAAAUACAUUCCUCAUAAAUAAAAUUUAAAAAAAAAUCUGA